AUCUCCGCCGGGCGGUAAAGUGUCAGUGAAAACAUGGAGGAUAACGUAAAACGUAGAUCGUUUUUAAGGUUAACUAAUAAAAGUGGCAUAAAUCAUAAUGAUUCCUUACGGAGAAGUUCUUUGGACCACACACAUAUUUCCAGGAGGAACCAAGACGAUAUGCUCAGCCCGAGAAUGUUGGCUAGACCCUACAUGAAUCCAAAAUUUGGCCAACAUGAUUUUUCGGAGUUGGACACUUCGCUUACGGUUACACCUCACGAAUUGCGGGAUAUUAUGGCAAAUUCGGAAAAAGCCGACGUUACAUUAAGAGAAAUGAUGGAUGAUAGUGCUGCAACAGGAAUUAUUUUGAAAUCGAAGGAACCUUGGCGCGAUGUAAACUCCAAAUUGUAUUAUGAAUUCUUGGAGAGUACACAAGCACAUUUGUCCGAACCUGAGGUUUUUAAUACUAUUGCUGAUUUUAUUCAAAAUUGCACGGAUACUUUGGAGUUAAUGAGAGGUAUGCAAGCGAAAGUGGAGAGUAGAGAACUUUCGACAGAAGAAGUUAAUUUAGAAAACGAGAGAAACACCUGGCGUUUGGUAUAUUGUCUCUACCAGAAUCGACUCAAUACACCAGGUUAUGAAAAGGACAUGGAUAUAGAUAUGAAUUCAAAUAUGUCUGAGAAAGAGGCGAUAGAUGCUCUCUAUAGACAUGACAGUAUUAUAAGAGAAUACCAGUUGAUUAUCGAUUGGCUGGAAAAGAAUGCACUUGAUCAAGCGAAUAAACAGCCGUCGAUCGAGCAAUUCACGGAUAAAACGGUUGCAUGGGAAAAUACACUACACCAGCUCCACAAUCGACAAUUUGGAAUUAUGUUUUCUUCAUCCAGGCCCAUUGUAUCAUCUCUCGAUCCAGAUGCACCAGUGAGGGAGGGAAAACCUCUCCACGAUUUGGACAAAGAGGAUGAUGAGAGGCUGGAGAAGAGAAUGUUUAUCGAGGUUCGAUGCGGUAGACUCCAGAAGGCACAAGCAUUGGCUAUCCAUUGCGGUCAACCUUGGAGGGCUGCGUGUUUAUUGGGUUGGACCCCAUAUCACGAUCCAAAUUACACAAAUCCACUAAAAGAUAUGAAGUUGCCAAUAGAAGGUAAUCCUAACAGAGCUCUUUGGAAACUUUGUGCUUGGGAACUUUCCGAAGAUAAACGAGUGGGUUUUCCUGGCUGCAUCAAUUUUUUCGCCCGAGAGAAAAUACCUCAGCAAUGCAUUGGCCUGCCACAGAGCUUCUUCCCUCUGACUCGGAUAGAAAAUGACCCAAUCCAAAGCAUUGAUCUUUUCCAAAUCAGCCGCUGUCAUUUCUCCCUUCAAGUCCAGAGACUCCAAUUCGACAUUCUUCUGUCGAAUAUUCUCAACGACCAAUUUUGUAAUCGCUUCAACAUUGAGAUUGGCCUCUUCCGCAGCAGCGAGACACUUUUUCCGCUGAUCGAAGUCAAGCAAUUGCUUUUCAACGUCCUUCUGUUUCCCGACGGUGGCUGGCUAGUUGACACAAGUAAUAAUAACGGUGAUCCUUUGAGUCCUGAAGAAAUUUUGCGAGAACACCAGAUGGAAAAGCUCCGCAAGCUCUGCAUUCCCAAAGUUGCGCUUCUCUUGUACACCGUCAUGUCUGCAAUGAAUGAACACUUUGAAUGUGUUCAAUUGGCAGACACUCUCGCUUCCGAACAAUACCAGUUGUAUAAUGUCUUCCCGAAGGAAAAGCUUCGUGAAAUUUUCAAAAAGAUCUGCGAGUCCUCCUUAGCCCUGAUGGGACAAAAGAAAGAUUCCUGGGGUUAUCCGAAAUAAAAGUAUUCUAGACGACAUUCUGUGAGUGAACCAUAACAAAAAAUGUACAACAUGUAAAUUACGACUUUUUUUAUAAAACCAGUUUAUUGUCAACCACAAGAAGUGAAUAUAAAAUUUGAUACAAUGUUCAAUAAUGCAUAAUCAUAAUACCUUACAGUACCUCAUAAUCGUUAAAAUGUCUCGCUUUUCUCAAUCGCUUUUACAGAGUACGAACUAAAAGUAAUAUUCUCGAAGUUGGAACUUUAUUAUGUAGGAAUAUAUUCUUAUUUCAUGCUUUGCGCUUUUCAUUUGCUUGACUACUUUAUUUUGAUUCGACUGCACUUCCGGGGCAUUAAAAAUUCCCUGUUCUUGUGAUUAACUCACAAUAUUAAUUUUAAAUCCACUGAACAGAUAAGUUGUGACACUUUACAUUAAAGUUUGCUUCCAGCAAUCAGGAAAAGUGUAUUUUUUUAAUUGCUGUAUGACAAAUUCUACUAGGAUAAAUAUAUAUUUUUUAAACCUAAUCGCAUUGUUGACAAAUAAAGUGAUGCGUAUUCUGAUUAUA